CUUAGGUAAAUAAAGGCUCUAUUUAUAAGUUUUUCAUCAGUGUUUUUACAGUGCUAAGUUGAAUUUGACUCUAUAUUGAGAGAAAUUACUGAUGUCUGAAUCAAACUCCCCUAACGAAGAGAAGAACAAGAUGUACGCGUCGUUAUAUUUCGUACGAAAACGAGAGUUUCAUUUCUUGUUUUCGUUUAAAUAUUCCCACAAAGACGAAGAAUUCUCGAAAGUGGGAGCAAAAUUGAUUUUUAACUUCGGAAUGCUUCCACGGGUGAAAGCUGGCGACUUAAUCCAAGUACGCUUAUUCCCUGAAAAGCCAAGAGAGGGCGUUGAUGAGUAUUUUAGAAAUGGUGGGAGGUAUUCAUUUACGGUGCUCAACGACUGGUUGGAUAGUGAUGAUUCGCAUACUUUCAACAUUCUCUCUUCAUUUGAAUGUGAAUACUCAAAUGAUCUCAUCAUAUGCGAAAUCAAAAUAAAUGACGACGUAGUCAUGACAAGAGAGUUCGUGGCAUAUCUAGACUACCCUCCUUUACAGAAUAAAGAGGACUAAUUAUCACCAAAAGUUCCAAGAGAUCCUCUACGCAAAGGAAACUGAAGUUCAACGAAUCUAGUUUUUUGAAAUAUAAUCAAUAAACAUCAAUAAAUAUUCACGACUGCAUAAGAAU